AUGAGACACAUCCCAAUUUUCAACUGCCUCCUUUACAUGAAGUCCAAAUCUGACAGUCUCUCACGCAUGCGCCAGCAAUCAUGUGACUUGUGCGUCUUUUCUUUUCUUUUUUAUACGAUUAUCUUUUUUUUUCUUCUUUACAAUUAUUCCUUUUUUUAUUCUUUCUUUACUUAUACACUUUUUCUAAUCCUUAUUUAUGAUUAUUACUUUGUUUCUUUUCCUUCUUUACGACUAAUCUCUUUUUCCUUCUUUAAUAUUACUCUUUUUCCUUCUUUACAACUACUCCUCUUUCUUUUCCUUUCUUUUGUUUACUCCUUUUUUUUCAUUUUUCUUCUUUACAAUCUUUCCUUUGUUUUUCCUUCUUUAAUCUUAUCCUUUUCUUUUCCUUCUUUUCCAUUACUUUUUUUUUUCGUUUUUCAUUUUCAUAAUUACUCUUUUUCUUUUCUUCAUUUAAGAGUACACCUUUUUUAUUUUCAUUCUUUUCAAUUGCCACAUUUUCCUUCUUUAGAAUCAAUUCUUUUGUUUGGGUUUAUUCUUUUUUUCUUUCGAUCAUUCAUUUUUUUCUUUCACAAAUUCAUUUUCUUCUUUCGCUCAUUCAUUUUUUUCUUUCUCAAAUUCAUUUUCUUCUUUCGAUCAUUCAUUUUUUCUUUCUCAAAUUCAUUUUUUUCGAUAAUUCAUUUUUUCUUUCCCAAAUUCAUUUUCUUUUUUCGAUCAUUCAAUUUUUCUGUCUCAAAUUCAUUUUCUUCUUUUGAUCAUUCAUUUUUUUCUUUCGAUCAUUCGUUUUCUUCUUUCGAUCAUUCAUUUUUUCUUUCCCAAAUUCAUUUUCUUCUUUCGAUCAUUUAUUUUUUCUUUCCCAAAUUCAUUUUUUCUUUCUCAAUUUCAUAUAUUUCCAUUCCUUUCUUUCCGUUUAUUCGUUUAUUCUCAUUUUCUUUUCUGCUUAUCUUUCGUUGUCUUUAUUCCGUUAUUUUUUCCACACGUAUCUCUCACGUGGCCUAUUUCUUCUUUAUCUUUCCAUUCGUUUUUCUGUAUAUCCUAAAUUUUUCUUUCAAUUUUUCCUUCAUUAUUUUUCUUUUUUUAUUCACAUUUUUCUAUUUUUCUUUCUAUUUCUUAUUCAUUCGGCCAUUCUUUCAUUCUGUUAUUCAUUCUGUUUUAUUAUUUUUAACUUUCUUUCAUUAUUCUCUUUUUAUCUUUUCCCCUUUUAUCAUUCAUCUCUUUCUUUCUUUCCUUCAUAUACGUUCUUUCUUAUAG